GCAGGUUGCACCUCCUAUCUCCUCUUGAGCGAGUGUCAUACAUUGAAGAUGUCAAAACCCGUCUUAGUGGACAGAAGUCGCCAGGAGGCCACUCCGGUUACAAAACCAAAACAUCGUUUCGCGGGCCUGUGGCAGGUCGAAAACGUUGAUGUUCUCGCGAAGUCACCUCCACGUGAUAGACACGGAAGUCCACGCAGUCACCGUCGCACCGAGGAUUCUUUCCACCUCAACUUCAGCAAAUGCGGUCUUGCUUUAGACUUCCCCCGCCCCCCUCCGUCGCCUUCUUCCUCCCAAAUGAAGAUGAGCCGAAUGUCGACACCAUCUCUCACGAGCUGUUCUAGUGAGGACACGAGCAGCACAGAAUUGCCGGAGCUCCCUCCGAAGCUCCCUCCGAAACAUGAGGGACGUGGCAAGCCACUACCCUCCCUCGAGGACGAGGUCGAAGAACUCUCCGUAUCAGGAGACGAAUCCUUCUUACCCUCGCUGACGGACGACGAAGACGACGCCUUCGGUGAAGAGGAGGAAGCUGGAUAUGACGAGCAGGACGACGUCGACGACGACAGUCGCUGGUAUGCUCGACAGCUCGAAGAGAUGUUGGCCAUGUCCUCCCCUGCUCAGCCUUCGUUAUCCGCACCUCGCGGGAUACACAUCAGUCGGUUCAGGUCACAUCGACACAGCGACAGCGUCGUCGACCCGACAAAUCCACCCUUAGCAAGGUGGAAACGGACCUCCAACUGACCCUUCCACCGCACAUACGGACGUUAUCGCACGUUGUUACAUAUCAGGGACAUCCUUCGUCGCCAUCAUUGUUGCAUACACGAGUAUUAUUAUCACCACCUGCACAUAUACAACUCAGCAGACCUUUGUAUCUACUAUACCAUGCCCUCGUCUGCCCCCGUGUCUGUAUAAUUCUCGUUACAAGUCGUUACCGUCAUCGUUUACUUGUUAUUGUACAUGGCGUGUAAACCUACUAC